CAAUCAAAUAGAUUCGCUGCUCAAAGACGUAAAGUCGCCAAGAAUCGCCAGGAAUUCUCUGAGUCAGUCUGCUUCAGAGGGAACCUCUGCUCACAUUGUGGACAUUGCAUGGGCGGAUCAGAGUCGGCCGCGAAGCAAUGCUCGUGGAAUGUCGUGGAUGCACAUCCCCAGAGUGACAUCGAUUCCGAGCUCGUGCUCAGAAAAGGAUGCAGAUCUGAGCUCGUGGCGUCGUGGCCCGUAAGCACCAGGCCGCAACUGCUAGCACUUUGUGAGAAACUGGUGCACUCCGGACAGGAGGCACUGCUGGUAGCUGUGCCAAAGGCUUGGCGCCCGGGCAAGGAGAACCUGCAGAUGUGCGCUGAAAGUCCUUCACGAGUCCAGCGGAGCGCUUCGGUGCUCGCUAUCUGCGGAGCCAUUGGCCUGCUGCUGCUCGAUCGGCUGCUACCUCCAACGAGGUUGCCGUGUGAGCACGGCUGGUCUGGCACUGCGGUGGCGACCUACAUCCAGGACAAAGGCAUCACGACGAAGGAGCACUACAACCUGCAGAACCCGGCGACGCACUUCCUGGUGGCUGCUGGUGGUGGCUUCAUCCUGAACAUCACCUACUGCAUCAUCUUGGUCUUCGUCUACGGCAUCUUCCUGAACGACCUCUACGCCUUCGACCUCAAGCUGCACUUCGUGGACCUCGAGCUGAACUACGUGGACAUCCUGCUGAACUCCGUGGGCUACAAGCCGUUGGACUUCGAGAUGCACCAGCCUCCUUCCUCAAGCGGAAGCAUACCGCUUCAGGAAUAUCGAAGAGAUAUUCCACCUGGUUGGUCACCAGGGAAUCCAGCCUACCCGCUGAAGGAGUACUUUGAGAAGCUCAGGUUAUGGUACCGAGUAUGUGGCUUGGAGGACGAGCUGAUCGGCCCCAUGAUAGCUGGCCGCUUGUAUGGCUGUGCCUCCAAGGUGGCGAUGGCUCUGAGGGUGAGAAGGCCUGAUGGCACCUAUGACGUGGGCGACGCGGCGCUGGUCAGAUUGGCCGUGGAUGAGGUGGUCGAUCCGAACACUGGCCAGGUGAUCCAGGCCCACAUUCCCAGCGGAGUUCACCACUUGGUUCAAGCUCUCCGCAAUGCCUUUGGCCAACAAGACCAUGACAUGGCCACUCAGGCGCUGGAGAGGUUUUUCUCUCUCACGAGAGGAAAGAUGAGCCUUGCCGAGUAUGCGGUGGAGUUUGAUUCGAGGAUGGAUGAGGCUCACGACAGAGCCGGCCUUGUCAUGAACGAUGUGGCGAAGUUCUACCUGUUCUUCAAGGGUUCAGGUUUGAGCAACAAGGCCAUCGACGACAUCAAGCUCCAGGUCCAAGGAGAUCACAGUCGCUUUGCAGAUGCUCGAGCUUUAGCUUUGAGGUUGUCUCCAUCUCGACCCGAAGAACAUGGCGGCGACGUCUUCUAUGCGGACCAGGACGACUAUGACGAGACGGUCAACUAUGACGCCUGGUAUGACUCCUCCGAGAACUAUUGGUACGACGACUACUCCCAGGACUAUGGCUAUGACGAUGAAGGCAGUUGGCACUGGGAUGGAGAAGAGCUCUACUAUGGCGACAUGGAUGACUGGUAUGAUGAAGAUCAAGAAUGGCAAGAAGAAGGCUACCAAACCGCCCGUGAAGACUCCCUGGAGACAAACCCUGAGAAUGCCGACGAGGUCAAGGAAGAGCAAGACAACUCCGAGGAGUUCAACAUCCACACACCGCCUGAUGCAGAGGACUUCAUGAGCAUCCCGAGAUCUUCAACCAGGACAAGAUCUACUUCGGAUGGUCAUGGACAAGAACAUGGAGCUGUCAUGCCGGAGAAGCGCAUCCACGAGGCCUUCAGCUUUGCCUUCAACAACUACUACCAGGCCACGGACUACUUCAUGGUCAGAGGACAGAAACGUCGAGGCCUGAUCAUUGAUCCAGGAGCUGCCAGCGGACUCAUCGGAUCAGAGACCCUUCGAGAUCUGGAGGAGCCACAGUCAUCGAGAUUGCUGAGAUUGCUGUUGACUGACAGCGGACACUACAUCCUUGCCACCGACGGCAUUGACGAGACCAAGAUCACCAAGGACGUGCAAAAGGAGACCUACACGUUCUGCAGUCAAGUGCUCUCUAGCAGCAUCGAGAAAUGGCCAAAGUCCGAGAUCAAUCCCCGGUUGCUUCAUGUCUUCGCUGUGACGCAGGCAGGAGGGAACCGGUGUGAACAACAACAAUAUGAAUCACGUGAACAUCGUGAACAACAAGAAUCCUCCUCUACUGACGACAAGGACAAUGGCGACAAAGCUGCCAACAUCAUGGACAAGCCCGACAAGACUGACACUGAUGCGACAGUCACCCAUGAAUCUGAUGGCAAGCUCAACUUGGACAAGAACAACCACGAUGCUGUCGAAGCUGUUUCACAACCAGGCAUUUUGCCUUCCAUGGAAUCCACAAAGGAGCCCAACAAGCACAACGUUUUUUCCAGUGAGCCUAAGCUCUGCGGGCCUACAUCUUUUUCUGCGACAACUGAGGAGUUGCCGAAGAUUGUCAAGAAGGUGCACUUCGACGAUGCGCAUCAGCCUGCCUCUUUGGAAGCAGCAUCCAACAACGUUGAAGAGCCCUCCAACAAGGAUGAGAAAGACUCCCUGGACAUCCACUACAAGGAGUCUGACUUUCCCAUCUACACCGAGGACAUGCUUCCUGAUGGAGCAGACCAUGUCAAGCUGAAGAAGCGCUACAAGGCGAUCAAAGAGGAGUUCUACACUCAAAGUGGUCACCGACCAGUGACACCCUCCAACUUUCGCAGUUGGAUGAACAAGUCCAAGGGCAGAAACAAGAGAUGGCACUUCUGGGAAAUCUUCAGUGGCUCAGGCAGACUCUCCCUGACGCUUUUGCUUUCAGGCUUAGCAGUUGGACCUCCAAUCGACAUGAGGUAUGGCUGGGACGUCAACAACACUUCUCAUCAAGCCAUGCUUCUGGAAGCCCAACGAGCGUUCAAGCCUGGCACUAUCCACUACGCACCAGACUGUGCACCCUGGAGUGUGUCAUCAAGUUCCAAGGAUCCAGCACUACGACAUCAAGAUCGUCUUCAUGAUCUUCCAGCCUUGAAGUUUGUCCAGAACAGCUGUGAAGAACAAUCCCGAGAAGGACGCGGCUACACUGUGGAGCAGCCCUAUGGCAGUGCCAUGAUGGAUGAAGGCUUGCGCCUUGACCGCAUCCCUGACUGCAAGAAGAAACAACGAGUUGACCAAUGCAUGCAUGGUGCAGUCAGCGAACUUGGUGAUCCUGUCCAGAAGGCAACAGCCCUGAUUGGCAACAUCAAGUACAACAAGACAGCUUUGAGGUGCAGUGGUCAUCAAGGUCAACCACAUGCUCAUCUACAAGGGCAGACUGGUGGUCACAAUCGCACCACUCUUGCUGCGGUGUACCCAAAACAGAUGUGCCAACGAAUGCGGCAGGACAUCAUCAAGUACCUCCACAACCGCGACCUCAUGCGGGUGAAGACUGAGAACUUCUAUGAGUGCGUUCGCUGUACCUUGGGACGCUUUUGCCCAAAAGGAAUUGACCACACCAUGAUUCCUGGACAAUGUCGACAUGGACGCUAUGCAGCUGGGACCAAUCCAAAGUUGAAGUCAACGUCAUCUGCGGCUGACCCCAUCACUGACUGGAAGAAGGCGGCAGACCGCGAAGCUUUGGAUGUUGUCCAACUCGACAACGAGCUUGACAAGGAGUUCAACGUCAAGGAGUCCCACUACCUGAAGAAGCUGCUCAUUGAAUCAGUGAACAACGCUCUUGGCCUGUUCACAGAAGCCUCCAACCGCAAGAUCGACUACACCCACUGGAUCGACAAUCCUGUGGCGAUUGCCUUGUUCAAGGAGCUGUUCAAAGAAGUCAUGCAGGUGAAAGCCAUCAAGGUUUUGCUGCGACCUUUCAGAAAAUCCUCAGCUGAACCACACCUUUCUAUGGCUUCUGGCUACCUGCGGCUGUUCAUCAUUGGCGAUGUGAAGCACUGGAAAGUUCUGAAGAUUGAAGACAUGAGAGAGCUCGGCUUCAGCCAGAUCAACGAGGCGAUAGAUGAGGAUGACUGGGUUCUGGUCUUGUAUGGUGUCGAACUUGAUUCAGUACCAGCACCAUCGACACCCGCUGCACGAUCCAGAUCUAUCCCAGCUCAGCCUGCACUACCACCUCGACGAGAUGAUGCAGCACUUGUUCCAGCGGAACCACAACCCCAAAUCCAAGAACGACCUGAUGAUGAACGAGAAGAAGAAGCUCUGGCUAUUCCAGCAUAUGAAGAGUUCGAGGCACAUGGACGAGCUGCACUAGCUCCAGUCAAGCCCAACUACAACUUGCGGCGAGUUCUUGAACGACUUCCCAAAUUGGUGGAUUCUGGUGACGUGACCACAGCCAAGAGACUGUUGGUCGGCCUUCAUGAACGACUUUGGCACACACCGGCAGGAGACUUUUGCAACCUCCUUCGCCGAGCUGGACUUCCUCAACCAGUGAUCACCCUUGCAGCUGAAGCAGUUCAAAGCUGCGUGGUGUGCCGGAAGUUUGUCAGAUUGCCAAAUCGUCCACAAGUACGAGCUGGAGGUGCAACCAUCUUCAACGAGACGGUUCAGUUCGACUUGUUCCACCUGGACGACGUCACAUACAUGAUCCUGCUGGAUGAAGCUACUCGCUUCAAGACCUGCUCAGUUCCUGAAGGACAAGAUGCACAACAGUUGCUGGCCUCUAUGCUUCAGAACUGGAUUCAGUUCUUUGGUCCACCUGCCCGACUUGUGCUGGACCAACAAGCCUCUCUGAUGUCACAUGAAGCUGGAGGUGAAUUCGAACGGAUGAACAUCGUUCGAUGUCCCAGAGGAACGACUCAAGGACAAGGUGCCGAACAACACACUGGAACUGGCUUGGUUGAACGACAUGUUCAACUUACCAAGCUCACUAUCAUGAAGUUGAAAGCCGAGCUUCAACGCCAAGGUCUGAACCCAGAACCAGCUGAACUUGGAAUGGAAAGCGCCAUGGCGCACAACCAGACGAUCAACUAUGGAGGUGCCACACCAAGCAUGAGCGUUUUUGGCAUCCUUCCACGUGGGUUCUACGACCCUGAGACUCCAGGUCUUCUUUCCACUUUUGGCUCCAUGCAGAAGGACGUGACGGUGUUCGAACGCGCUAUGCGCAUCAGGCAGACUGCCUUGGCCCAGACACAUCAAGCGAUCAUUGAAGAUCGUGUCGCAAGAGCCAACCGACAUCGUCCUCACCAGCUGGAGACAGACAAGCUCACAGCUGGAGUGUCUGAAGUGGAGUACUACAGAGAAGUUGCAGGAGAUCCUGGAUGGCGUGGCCCAGCACUUUUACUACGACUUGAUCAAGAUGAAGGUGUUGCUGUGAUCCAGUACCAGGGCAAGCCCUACUUGGUUUCUUUGAGACACAUCAGGCCCUACGUUGGCAUGUUCCACUUUGAGAUGGUCAACGAACCUGUGGAGAACGAGCUCAACAACCUGAUGAAGUACGUGGAACACCUCUGCGAGUACAAGGCCUAUGUCAUUGGAUGGAUCCAGAAGAAGAGUGGCACUUGGACCAAGACUCCAAAGGAGACACCAGCUAUCACCAAGGCGAUGGAAUGGGCAGACAAGAUCUCCAAAGCCAUGACCAAGAAGCCAUUGCAUGGCAUCAUCAUGGGACGAGCUCUCAAAACCUUCAAACCUCCCAACAACACGACUGGCAAGUUGGUGACAUGGAUUCAAGGUGGCAAGAACUACUCCGUGCAGGAGCACUUGAAUGCGAACCACCUGAGAAUGAAGAAAAUCUCCAACUAUACCAGGGAGGACCUCUGCAUCAUCUACUUCUACUACUACAACCUGGACAUCAAGGAGGAGAUCACCUACGACCCAAAGUCCAAGGAGAAGCCUGCGAAUGACCAAAAGCCAAACGGCGAUGGUUCAGAGGAGAUGGACACAGAGAACGUUCCAAAGAAACGAGAUGAGCCAGAAGAUCCAGGACAAGAAUCUGAGAAGAAGAAGCAGAAGGUCGCGAUGGUGAAGAAGGACAUCAAGAAGGUGGCGAUUCUGCAGAAGGACAUCGAGUUCCUACGGAGCUUCUACACCAUCAACGCCAACACCAAGAUCAUCCUGGACUUCCCAUUGGAAUGGAAGAUUGGCUACAGCAUCAUGCUGCCCACGGUCAAGAAUUUCCUGACCCAAGAGUAUCAACAUCGUCAACGACAAUGUGGACAUCUCUUCACCUUGGCCUACAAGACAUCCGGCGAUGCAACAGCAUGCCUGAGAACCGCUCAGAUCUUCAAGGUCGACGAGGAGACCAACAACAUCAAUGAAGGUGACAUCACACCCGAUCUAUGGCAUUUGGUGGAUUCAGCCGAUCGAGCUGAAGUCAAGCAGUUUGUGGAGGAGAAAGCAUUCAAGAAGAUGCACAGGAGCAAGUUCACGGCCGAGAUGGUCAUCAUAGAUGCCAGAUGGGUUCGGAAGUGGAAAAGAUACCCAAAUGGCGAGUUGAAGGUGAAAUCAAGACUCUGUGCAAGAGGAUGCUUCGACUCUCAGAAAGACCUCUUGACGACGAGAUCUACCACUGCCACAAGAUUGAGCCAACGACUUCUUUUGAGUCAUGCUGCACGAAAGCGCAGCCGAAGACUCGAGUCCAUUGACAUUGCUGGCGCCUUCCUGAAAGGCUUUUCUUUCUCCGAGAUUCAACGAGCUCUACGUGAAGCUGGAGUUGAUGCACCAAGCCGAGUGGUGGUACUUCUACCUCCCUUGAACGUCUUUCGUCACCUGAGUGACCUGAGCCCUGACUUCAAGGGGAUGACAGACCUCCAGGCUAUGGAGUACGGCUUACUCUGCGUCAAGCCGGUCUAUGGGUUGAAUGACGCCCCAUUGGCAUGGCAAUUGUGCCUGCACCAGUUUCAACCAUGGCUGGACCAUAUGCACCAGCUGUUCCUCAAGCGUUUUGGCAAGGUGACCAGACAGACCCUACCAUUUGUUCACUGUGGCUGCAAGUAUGAGAAAACGCCUACAGGCUACAAGGUCAGCCAACAAGAGUUUGCCAGCAAACUCCGACCUGUUCCAGUACCAGAACGAGAAGACACUUCAAAGCUGACCAAAGAAGAAGUAUCAACCUUUCGCUCAAUCCUUGGAGCACUUUUGUGGUUGACUGCCACACGCCUUGACAUCAUCGCAGAUGUAUCAGUUCUUCAAGCGAAGGUGACAGUGGCUGAGAUUCAACACCUCAAGCAAGCCAAUGACAUCCUGAUCAAAGUGGCGGAGUACAUCGAGGUUGGACUUCACUACAGGAUGAUGGAAGCCAAGCACAUCAGACUGGUGUGUAUUCACGAUGCUUCCUCUGCUGCUCAAGGACGAAGCUAUGCUCAAGAAGGUUUGCUGAUUGGUAUCAUGGAAGACAAGUUCCACGACGUCACUUUGGAAGCUGAGACUGAAUUCCAAGAUGGAGAAGGCGAACAUGGAGUGGAGAACCAUGGUGGAAUUUUCCACAUUCUUCAUGCCAGUGGUUCCAAGGCGAAAAGAAUUUCCUACAGCACUUCACAUGCUGAAACCUUGUCUAUGGUUGGUGGAAUGGAAGCCUCAACUAUGAUCAUGGUUAGACUGGCCGAACUACACCAUCCUGCCAAAGCUCCCACGAUCAAGCAGCUUGUGCAGAUUCAAGAAGCUGGCGAUCCCAAGAUCCCAAUGGACUUUUAUGGAGACUGCCGAGAUCUAUUUGAACUCAUCACUGGACGACGAACGCUGCCUCAAGACAAAUCGCAGCGCUUGUAUGUUUUGAGUCUGAAAGAAUCAAGAGUUUCUGGAAAACUGCGGAUGGCAACUUUGGUGGUGACGAGAAUUCUUCCAGCACUGGAAGAAUACACAGAGCACGACCUUCACAAGUCCGAUGACGAACUGAUGGACGACGUUGUCAAAGGCAUCAAACAACCGAAGAUCAGUCAUGGAGCUGUUUUGCUGAGUUUGUUUUCACGAAGCAUGUUACCAAUGCUGGUAGCAACGUGUGCGAGUGGUGCAACGGCUCAAGAGUUUGACGAGACCUAUGUCCCUGACUCCAAUGCAGUUGCGAAGAACAACAGCAUCCCGAACUAUGCCAACUACUUCGGGGUCUACAUCUCCAUCUUCCUCACCGUGAUCCUCGCCGUGAACAUGGACAAGAUUCUGAAGUAUGUGACCUACAAGGUGACGAAGAAGCUCUACAGGCCUUUGCCGGCCGUGAAGGAGGAAGACACGACAGAAGCGAUGGAUGUGGACGAAGAAGGCGAUCCCGACAUGAUGGCGAAUCGCAUUGCUGCACUCAAGCGGAAGGUCAUGGAUGUGAACGCAGCAAAUCGUGCUGCCAAGAAGAAGAUCCAAGAUCAACAAGGAGAACUGGAUGAGCUCAGAGAUGACCUACGCGAAGCCAAGACGGAGAUCACAUCAUGGAUAGACUGCGCCGACAACUACAGCGCCAAGACCAACAUGUGCCUGGCGGAUUCGGCGAGCUACAAGAGAGAUCUCCAAGAACUCAAGACCGAGCACGAGGAGCUGAAAGACAGGUACGACCAGGCUCAGAACGACAUCAACACCCUGGAAGAGCAGGUGAGACGUCAACGUGAAAGAGGAGAUCAACUUUGUGACAAGGUGGAUGAUAUACAAGGUGCGCUGCAGCACUCCAAGAAUGCCAACGCGAUGGCUGCACGAGCCAAUGCCAGCAAGGACGCGAAGAUUGCCGAGCUGACAGCUGCGCUGCAAACUGCGAAGCAACAGGCUCAGACAGUCAGACCAAGCCGUGCUGCCGACCAGAACGAGGUGGCCGAGCUCACGCAGAAGAUCACCGACCUGACCAAGAAGAACGAGGACUUGGACAGGGAGAAGAACGUCCUGAAGGCGACCUGCGAGCAGCGCGCUCGUGAGAUCCUCGGCCUAAGAGAGGCCAAUAGGGAGGCAAAAGCCCCUCCGACUGUGCAUAUCACGCGAGGUGGGUCAUGCUACCAUAGCGACGGCUGCAACCACCUGAGCCAUGCCGGUCAGCCAAGAGCUGUAGUGGAGUUGCGCAAAUGCCGUGACUGCUGGCCGUGA